AUGGAAUUUUCUGGAGAAAGUAAAAAAAUUUUUUUUUUUUUUCAAGGUUAUUCGAGUGGAUUCGUUCCGUGGAGUCCUGUCGUGAGGCCAUCAAAUUACUCACACGUUCCUACAAUGAGACCGAGAAGUCCAAGAUUAGUUUUAGAGAUCCUGUUCGAACCUGUACCCUAUCAGCACCUUCUGAUUCUUUGCGUUUGCAAGAUAUCGGCUAUGACGAAGACCGAGUAUGUAUUUACAGAACAUAAAGGGGAUACGAUACAAACGGAAACGGAAGACAAAGGGAUUUGUCGAAGUGGAAGGUGCGAAUUUUUUUUAUCUUGUUGGAUAUCGUCGGGAUUAAUUGAAGGCUCGUGUGGAGGGUUCCUCUACGCCUGUUGCAAGCGAACGGAUAAAGAAGCACCAAAAACAAACGAGCAUCGGACCAAUGACGUCAUUACUUUACCAACUAACUUCGGUCCUGUCGUUAACGAUUUUAGUAAGUUUUCGCUUUACUUUGGACUUGAAAAUUCGUCACAGGACAGUUAA